UCUGGGUUCCUCUUCCUAACGACCUCCCCCAAACCGGCAGUCUCAGCAUCGCCUUCGAGGUGAUGUUUGCUCUUCAAUCUUGCUGACCGCUUCCGCUGCCAGUGUCAGUGCCGCAUCUGCACCGUUUCAAAGCAGAGCAAGCGGUGUAGACAGCCGUUGACGAUACAAUACUAUCAAACCCUCGACAAGCCUCGAUCCUCUUUUUUUUCCUCUCCUCUUUUUUUCCCGAUUCUUUCACGAUGACUUACGACUACCGAGGAAACCAGUUUUUGGAACAGCUUGCGAGGGAAAACUUCGCAUACGCCACGACUUCCGCCGCCUCUGCCGCAACUACCACAACGGCACCGGCAAACACCAUCACCACAAUGUCACAAUCAAAUCGCCAGAGCCCUGGCGCCUGGCAGGUGUCGUACGACAUGGCCGCCUCUGUUGGUGCGGUCGCUCCGAUGCACUCCCCGACGUCUCAGAGCCUCUCGGCCUCGUCACCUGAAGAUUCACAGCAGGCCUCUUCGCCGGGCCACCACAGCUCCGCUGCUUCGAGUCCUUUGCAGCACCAGCUCUCACCGUUCCAGACGACCGCUCUCCCGCUGCUUACAGAUUGGGCGCUCCAGCAGCAACAACAGCAACAUCAGCAGCAGCAGCAGCAGUCUCACCAGUCUCAGGUUCCCCAAAAUAUGCCACUCUUCCAGGACAACUCAGCAGCUCUGAUGAGCUUUGGACCCUUCGGGACAGGCUUCCAGCACGCGCCCAUCGAGUACCUCCCCGCAACGACCGGUGCCCUGGAGCCUGCUAUCCAAUUGGAGCCGGCUUUCAGCAACAUGUCAACGGUCGAGAACCCGCACCAAGCGCUUACCUGGAACAUGGGCAUUGCAAAUUGGCAGGACUUUGGCACGACGAUGACGCCUUUCCCUCAGAUGCCCGAGGCCAUGCCAAAUGUGGGCAGCUUGGGAAGCCAUUCUCCCACUGGUACUUAUCUGGAGGUCUUGUCACUCAACUCUGGGAGUGACAAUGGCUGGACGACGGUGGACUUCCCUGCCUACCACGAUCCUACUGGGUUCUCGCAACAGGCUCAGAACACUGCCAUCUUCAACCCUGGCCAGACGCUUCACCUGAGGUCAAACUCGGACUCCUCGCAUUCUGACUUGGAGUUUGGCAGCAGCUACGAGGAAGUCAACUUCCCGUACUCUCCUUUCUCUCCUGGUUCUGAUACCCUCGACGUCGUCAACCACCGCAACUGCUUCUCGAGCGAUGGCCACCACCACCACCAUCACCAACAGACCGAGACCAUCAGCCCGGCUGCUGCUGUUGGACCCAUGCCCAUCAAGGCUGCUGCGCCAUCAACCAGGCCCGCACAAGCCAGCGGUUCGGGAGCGGGUGCUUCAUCUUCUUCGGCAUCACCCCCAGCCCGCCGCACGUCGGGUCCUCGUAAGAGCCCGAUUGCCAAGCCGACCAAGUCUGUCAUUCGCAGGACGUCGACUGGCAAGGACGGCAAGACAGAAAAGAAGGUUGGCCGCCGCAAGGGUCCUCUUCUGCCCGAGCAGAGGAAACAGGCGAGUGAGAUCAGGAAAUUGCGUGCUUGUCUGCGCUGCAAGUUCCUCAAGAAGACUUGCGACAAGGGCGAGCCUUGCCAGGGUUGCCAGCCGUCACAUGCUCGUCUGUGGCAGGUUCCCUGCACUCGCAUUGACAUCAAGGACGUCAACUACUUCAUGAAGGACUGGAAGGCCGACUACGAGCGCCACCUUGACCGCGGCGUUUCGGUUUACAACGUCAAGGGCUUCGCUCAGAAGGAGACUUUGAUGUGGGUCACGCACGGUUACGGAUACUGCCUCCCCAUCAUGGUCCGCGAGGUCUUCGUUGCCGACGAGAGCUGUUUCCACGUCGACUGGGUCGAGUCUCACCUCACCGACCAGGAGCCCAUCGACUUUGAGAUUCGUACCGAGAGGCUCGAUGUCGGUCAAGAUGGUAUUAGCAUUGAGUCCCUGGACCAGUACCUUGACAAGCACAUUGACCAGUCAUGGGAGAGCUUCGUCGAUGAUCACUUCGAGGGCACGCCAUUCAUCAGCGAGAUCCUCAAGACGGCCCACCGAUUCUACGUUAAGGAGAAGCUCCCUGUGAUCCGCAAAGCGCUCAAGCUUGUCCUCGCCUACAACCUGACGCUUCACAUCACCAUGGUGGAGCAGCAGGGCGCCGAGAACUUUGCCGAGGGUCAGAUUGAUGACGAGGAUUCCAAGUACUUUGGCAAGAUCGUCGCUCCCGUCAUGAUCAACUUCCAGAUCAAGUGCGCCAUGGCCGACAUGUGGCGCGAGCUGCAGAAGGAGAUCCUCGAGGAGCUGUCUGCUCUCUACUCUAGCGUUUACAGCGGCGACAGGCUCAAGAACUGGCCGACCAUUUUCAUGCUCGCAGCUAUUCUCCUGUGUGUCUGGGAGGAGAUGCAAUUCGACUGCCACUACCGCGUGCCCGACCCCAUCGCUGUCAACAAAUUCUGCAAUGACAUGGAGUCGACCCCCGUUGGUGUCAUUGUCGGUCUUUUCCAUGCCAUCUCUCAGAAGCUUCCCGCCUUCACCGAAUGGGACACCCGCAGACACGGCCAGCUGCUCAACAACAACCCGGCCGUGUGUGAGGCCAUGACAGAAGUGCGCCAACAUGUGACCAAGCAUGAACAAUACCUGAGGGGACGCGCCGACGCCAAGUUCGACCGGUACGACUUCGACUCUUUAUCCAACAAGUUCCUCUCCAAGUUGGUCAUCCGUGCCAACUAAGACACUUGUCCGAUUAUCAACGUCGACACCGGCCCUUUUCAGUGUUACAUGAUACCAUUCUAUCCAUGUCUUGCUUGCCAUCUGAAACCUGUACGAUCUAUUGACGGUCGGCAGUUUACAUUUGGCUCAGAUUGUUUACUUGAUUUCCUUUGUUAGUUACAUUCGGUUGGAUUGGAUCAUUGAGCGACGGCGUCUCUUCUCUUCUUCCUUCCCGCAUUAUUCUUUAUUUGCUUUUAACCUUCGAUCGGAAAUGACGGCGACGCUGUCGGCCACUACACGUACGACACAAAGACGCUACGAGAACCCACGACACAAACCAAUGCGCCUGGAGCACCUCAACUUCAUGACCACACGUUUUAUGCACCCAACUUUACCGACGCUCUUUAGCACUACACCUUAUGAUCUGCUUUCUUCACGAUCUGUAUGACCGGUUGUUGUUGUUUUUAUCUUACUUUUUUUUUCUUUUUUUUUUUCUUAUCUCAUUUUAUUUCCUUUGUCAGAUAUGCCCUGAAAUGUUGGGUGGGAAAUUUUGACCUCGAAAUCACGGAGGGAUGAUGAAUUUAUUGUUUUCUUUGGCUUUUGAGUUACUUUUUUAAUGAGACAAAAGAGGCAAAACGGAGCUACGAAGCGCUGAGACAUUUUAUCAUUACGAUACAUACGUUACCUUACUUUGGGCAUAUAGGUUAUAUGCAGCGAAAGCAUGGUUCAAGGCGUUCGUUCUUGGUUGGGCUUGUCCAGCGGACACCUCGACAUAUCAUCGACGAGAACAUAUCGAAAGAUUCAGACAUAAAACAUGAUUACAUUUGAACAGAGACACA